CGAUCUGUUAGCAUAAUGGACAAGGUCAAAAUAAUAGGGGAGGGGGCAAAAUCAGGGACAGAUUUUAAAUAUUGCUCUUAUCAGCUUAGAAAGUACAUCAAAUAACGUGUUUUGCACUGAUAUGCAAUUUUAUUAGGAAAUGAAGCCUGACAUCCAAAUGUAUGUCAUUAUUUGGCGACUUCAGUCCUCAAUGAGUUGCCGUAAAACCACACAAUUUAAGGGGAACAGACCUAUGAGGUAAAAUUCUCGACAUUCUGCAAGGAUUUGGACAGGUGAGAGAUAAACCCCUGCUACAGCGUAAUGGUUCUUCAUGCAGGUUCCAUAAGUAACCACUUGGAAGAAAAUGAAUUCAGUGAUAGUAGUAUGGAAUUGUUUUCUAGAGAUGAACAUUUAUUUCUGAAUGAAGAGGAACAGUCUCCGUUGCCAUGGAGCCUGCCAGAGGAGUGCAGCUUCUGUGGCCGCUUGUUUAGAACAUCCAAGAGUCUAAAGGCACAUCAGCGUGUCCAUGGUACAGAAGCUUCAUACAGGUGUCAUGAAUGUGGCAAGUGCUUUACACAGCCCUCUUACCGUGAGAAGCACAUGAGGGUGCAUACAGGUGAGAAGCCUUACAAAUGCACAGAGUGCGAUGGAACAUUUAGUUGCCUGCCUGCUCUCUAUCAGCACCAUGAGAUUCAUACUGGGGAGAAACUCUACAAAUGUGGUGAUUGUGGCAUAAGUUUUUUUGAUUUUCGCUCUUUCAGGAGACACCAGAGAGUUCAUCGACAGCAGACCACAUGCCUCACUUGUGGGAAGCAGUUUGACUGUCUGGCAAAACUUGUUCGGCACCAGAGAGUUCACACAGGUGAAAAACCAUACAAGUGCAACUUGUGUGAGAAGAGCUUCACUCAGCUGGAAACUGUAAAAGCCCAUCAGAGAGUUCACAUCAAGGAAAAACCACAUAAAUGUGGUGACUGCCAGAAGUGUUUUGGUAAUGUACAAGCUCUCAUUGUUCACCAGAGAAUCCAUUCUAGACGAACUCCACAUAAGUGUGCUGACUGUGGCAAGAUAUUCUACUUUCUUUCUCGGUAUAACCGUCAUCUGUUGAUUCAUACAGGGGAGAAGCCAUUUGAGUGUCCAAAGUGUGGAAAGAGCUUCAAUCAGAUGUCAAACUUCCAGAGACAUAGUCGUAUCCAUCUUGGAGAAAGACCAUUCAAGUGCAGCAAAUGUGAGAAAAGUUUCAGCGAGUCUUCUAACUACCAUCGACAUCAGCAGCUGCACAUGGGAGAGACUCUUUAUACACUGCUAAAGGACCAAGGAGGCACCAUUAGAGAUGCUGAAGGCUAUGAAUGUAUCGAAUGUAGUGAGGUCUUUCCCCAAGAGCGAGAACUUCAUGAUCAUUAUAUGCAGCACGCUAGAGGAGAACUUUAACUAUGGAGGAGUUCAAUCUGCAAGUUUAAACAGAGACAUGAUUUAGGCAUUUUCUUUUAACUGAGACAGAUCUGAAAAUGUUUGCAGAUCUUAAAUAUAAAAUAAGCUAAGCUAAGAACAUGUUUGUGUAAGAAUGACUAGUUGUGUUUUUUGAUCAAGAGAAUCUAGAUAGCCAUACUGGACCAGUUUAACAGUUCUUUUCGUUGAAAGUUCCUAUUUAUUAUGUAACAUAAUGACAUUCUUGUAGCAUUUAGGAUUUAUAGGUUUAGUUAUAAUUUAGCAAGUUUGAAUGCACUUGGUUCUGCUUUAACUUGCAUUGAAGCUAUGGAAAAUAUUCAGUUCUAUAUCAGAAAUGCAAGACCUGGAAUUGUCUCGUAAUUCUGAAAAUUACAAAAGAAAGAGAACUUUGAAAUAGUGUUUAAGAAUUUUUGCAGGGGAGUUUAGUCCUCUUGCACUCUUCUUGUGUGUUUGUAGAUUUUGAAACAGUGUUUAAGAAUUUUUGCAGUUGAGUUUAGCCCUCUUGCACUUGGAACUCUGAUGUUCUGAGCAUCACAAUUAUUUAUUUAUUUUUUUUUUAAAUAUCCUGGACCUUGAAUAUUCUUGUACAUGGUAAUAUUUUUCUAAUUGGUUUUGUGAAAUAUAUUACUGCACAUACAUUUAUUGUACUUUGAAAAGAAUACAGCACUUCCUUAAUAGCAUAAACUGUGGUGAGGUGGAGAUUUUAUUUACAGCACUUAUGGGAUGUAUUUAGUUUUGUUUCCAUUAAUUUUUAAUUAUUGUUAUGAAAUAUUUUUUCUUGCACAGUCUGUUCUGAGUAAUGCAGAAGGGCUUGCAAAGAGAUAAUUCAUAAUUUUUCAGAUACUGUGUUCAUAAAUGUUUCUGGCUGAACAAGUGACUUACUGGUGAUACCCUAUUAUAGUAACUGAACAUGGGAGCCAACUGAAGAGAAAAUUCAAAGUAGUUCACCAGCCAGAGUUGGGGAGUUAGCAGCAUUCUUGCAGCUAGAAUUGGGUGUUUGAAGCAGUCUUCUUUUCUGAGAGGUGUACUCUGUAUGUUCUCCAGUUUGUUAUUCUUUCCUGUUGUCUCUCUGCAUGGAUAUAGUGUGCAGUUAUGGUACCCGAGUGUCCGAAGUAUAUCAGGAAGUCCCGUCAUUAAUGUAUUACCAAAAGGCCCUGACAUGGUGCUGUACUUAACAGGUUAUCCAGGAGUCAUCCAUUGUCUGGUAUACCUCAUUUAGUAUGUUGCACCAUUGGAGAUGGGUAGAUAGCUGGUGUACAAGAUGCAAAAGGAAUAGUAAAAAAAAAAUGUUUCUGCUAGCUUUCUUCGGUAGCUGUUUAAUGAGUAUUACUGUAGACCUCAUAAAAUGUAACCAGUAUCACCCCCCCCCUUUUUUUGCACCAGUUAUCCUGUUCCUUUGUAUUUGUUUUCUAAAGGUGUUCCUCCCAUUUGAUAAAAAUGUCCCCAUUUGUACUAAUUGACAGACAUUUGCUUGUACAAGAAGGUAUACCAGGCACACAUUGAACCUGCAGCAGUAGACUAGGAGAUGAUGCCCAUGAAUACCCUUUUUUUUUUAUUUUUUUUAUUUUUUAUUUUUUUUAACAGAACAGCUUCUUACUGUGAAAACUUGUGAAGCUCAUGAAAAUCGGUUGGUUAAAAAAGCUACACUGCUGAAGUGAAGAUUGAAAUGAAGUCUGGGAAAUUCAAUAGUAUCCUAACUUGAACGGUUAACAAAAAGCUUAAAAAUGUGUAACUCUGCUUGGCAUUGUAUAAUAUAAAGGAUGACUAAUGUCCAGAAUAAAUGACUGUCAACAUU